CAGAAGGUUCAAUCCUCUGCAACUCCAGGCAGGUCUGGGAGAAAAACGUGUCUGAAACCAGGAGAAGACUCUGCCAGUCAGUGUAGACAGUAGUGAGCUAGAUGGAUGAAAUUGUCCGACUCAGUAGGCAGCUUGCAAUGUUCCUAUGUCCCAGCCUCCCCUUCCUGGCCCCAUCCUAGAGAUAGAUAAUUUCUACACUCCUGCAUUUGUGUUUUGUUGUUAUGCACCUACAAACAAUGCUAUUUCUUCUUGUCCAGUUCCUACUGCGCCUUUUUAUAAAGAGAAGCCGCCAAAAAUCACGACUAGUCGCCCUUAUCUCCUCCCCUCGCUGCCCCUGCUUCAACUUCUUAUUUGCAGGGACCGGGCAUCUGCCUGCGGCUUUCCUAACAUUGCCGGACUACAGUUCCCAUCACCCACCCCGGUCUCCAUGCCUCUCCCUUGCGCAUGCGCAGUCUCACCGCGGCCCCUCGUAACGUAGACGCGCGUUACCAUGGCCGCGAGGCCUCAGGACGACGCGCCGCUUUCGCCGUAUCCAUGGCGACGGCGAGACCUUGUUUACACCCGCGGUUUCUACGGCGCCGCGGAGGUGACCGGGCCGGAGGGAGAGGAAACAUGACGGCGGAGCUACUCCGGGCUCUGCGUGGUGGGCCAGGGACUCGCUGCCUGUCGCUGAAGGCGCGGGGGCUACGCCGCCUGCCGCGGGGGUUGGGGAAGAUGAAGGGCCUGGAGAGACUGAGCUUGCGGGAUAACAGCCUGCGCCGGCUGCCCCAGGAUAUGAAGGCUCUGGGCCGGUUGAAGGUACUAAAUUUGGGAAAUAAUAAUUUUGAGGAGGUUCCAGAGCAGCUGAAAUACCUCAAGUCUCUGCAGACUCUUCAUUUGUUUAGGAACAAGAUCACCAGAAUAUCACCCUUAAUAUUUGAUGGAUUGCAAAAUUUAGUACUCCUCAAUCUGAACAACAACCAACUUAGUUAUCUUCCUCCAGAGAUACAAAGGCUUGAACAUCUUGAAUGCUUGAGUUUAGACAAUAACCGACUGCAAAAAAUUCCCAAAGAAUUCUGUUAUCUCCGAAAGUUGUGUGAACUCCAUUUGUUCAACAAUUCCAUCACUGCACUCCCUGAAGAGAUUAAAUACCUGAGAAAACUCAAGAUCUUGAUUUUGGCAAGAAAUCAAAUAGAAGAACUUCCUGAUGGACUUUGCAAAUUGAAGAGGCUUAGAGUUCUAGAUGUAGCAGGAAACAAUAUCCAGAUCUUCCCAACAGCAAUGGAAGAUCUUGAACUGGAGGAACUUUAUUGUGAAAGUAAUCCAUUGCUUCAGAAACAUCCAGUUAGUGCCAUACAAGAGGAGGACAUUUUGACUCUUAAGGAACUAACAGCAAGAUUUAUUCUUGAUCAACUGGAAAAGAAAAACUUUAAUUUACACAGGGCGCUAAAGCAGAACUUAAAUGCACAGAAGAUGCUUGCCCAUAAACAAGAAUGUGCUCAGUGCAGACGUGGCUUUCUGGGCAUGUGGCUAGAAUGUGUACAGUUCGUGGAUAUAAGACAGCGAAUGAAGACUAGCAGAAACUUGGAGCUCUUACCUGUCAAGGCACUUCUGUGCUCAUACAAAUGCUUUAAUCACAGCGGCCACGAACUCUUUGGGAUUGCUGUACCCUAGAGCAAGCAAUAAACCCAGGAUCUCACCCAGCUGGCAAGUUGCAACUAUUGUGACACUCUUAAGAACGGAACCAGAACAUAGCAUUUUGUGCUAUAUCCAUAUUCAAUGUGAAAUACACAGUUGUGUUGGAACAAUGGUGGCAGAGAAGUGAUUUAGUGGUGGGCAGGAAUUAUUUCCUACAGCUGUACAGUUGGUGUGUUUUGGCAGCCUUGACUCUCCUUCUGAAAAUGGAUGAAGUUAAUGGCAUUGUUUAACAGUGAGGUAAAAGUUUUAUAAUGUAAACUCUAACUAGCCUAGGUUACUGUGGUUUCUUUUGGCUUCUCUGUUAUGAUCCGUGCACCUUAAUCUGAAAUUCUGAUAAGUGUUUCUCCCCCCCUGAAGAUUUAGGGUCAGACCUUAAAACUGCAAAAGAACACUUUUAACGUGUGUCCAGUGAUUACGUAGUGCUUGAUUUCCAUUAUAAAUCCUGUUUUCUAGAAGUUUAUAACUUGGCUUUAACAUUUGGCAUGCAUAAUUUUCAACACAGAAGAAAAUGUGUUGGAGUGUUUUUAAAAAGAAAGGGAAUUGGUACAUAUUAAGAAGGAUUUCUUUGCUCAUAGGAACUUUGAUUAUAAGAAAGCUGUGUAUCCUGGCAACCUUUGGAAAAAAGAACAUUCCAUGGAGAAGCAAGCAGUUUGAUAGGACGUUCACAUGCUUGCUUGCUUUUCCACUUUUAUUUCUUUGCAUGUUUUAUCUUCAGUGUUUCCAGUGCUAUUUUACUAGAAAACUCGCCAUGUUCUCUUAUAAUGGCAAAGGCGCCCACCUGAGAGGUGCUGGAACUGAAAAAAAGUAUUUCUAUGCUGCAAUUCCUCCUGGUUUGCAAUUUGCAUUCUCAUCUCAUGUAAUUAAUUGCAGUGCUACAGAAAACAGGGCUGUUUCUUAAACUUGAUCCUAAAUUUAAGCAUGUGGAUUGACUUUACUGUUUACAUACUGAGAUCAUUCGUGUUCUGAUCUAAACAAAGAAAGAUGUAUUUAAAUUUGAAAUAGUAAGUAGAACCAUGUACUUCCCUAAAUUGCAGAUAUUUUGUAUACGAUUCCCCCCCCCCUUUUUAAAGAGAAAGCAUUCUAUGUAACAUAGUGACUUGGAAAUCAAGCGAAACUCAAGUGAGUUCCUAGAAUGAAACUAGUGACCACAUUCAAGACAGCAUUCAGCAUUUCAAGUGUAAACCCCAGCUUAGCACACCGCUCAUUUUCAAGAAAGCUGUAAAAAUGUGUUUUCUGUCUUGAAGAUUGAGACAUCAGAAUGAAAGCUGAUGUCAGCAUCUAGAAUACUGUUCAGUUUUUCAAGUACAGGCCCCAGCUUGCACCCACCCUCCUUUGACAAAGGUCAAGGGUGUGCAAAAUAAAUUAGAAUCAGCAGGGCUUUUUUCAGGUGGAACUUGCCAGUUCCUCUCAGGUGGGUAACAUUGCCAUUAUAAGAGAUGUUCUCUUUUUCUAGAAAAAUAGCACUGAAACAGAUGUCUGAAGUGGAGACUCUCAAACACAGUUCUUCACUAGUGCAUAAUGAUUUCAAAAUGUAAUUUCAUUUGUCAAGUGAUAGUUACAUAGAAACAGCACUUCUUAGGCAGUAUGUUUUAGCUUACAAUAUGGGGAAGAAUAAAGACCCUGUUUAAAAUA